AUGAAUCAUGGUUUUAACCGAUGUUCUUAUGAGCAUGCUUUAAUUGUGAAGAUUGGCUUGAACGGUGAGAUGCUCAUUGUUUGCCUAUAUGUUGAUGAUCUCAUAUUUACCGAAAAUUGUCAAGAGAUGAUUUCUGACUUCAGGGAGGCCAUGACUCGUGAGUUUGAGAUGGCGGACAUGGGUCUGAUGUAUUAUUUUCUCGGCCUAGAAAUUACACAAUCGGAGGAUGGUAUUUUUAUUUGUCAACAAAAGUAUGCCAAGGAUAUUCUUGAGCAUUUCAAGAUGGCUACUUGUAAACCAAUUAGCACUCCAAUGGAGGAAAGAUUGAAGUUGACAAAAGAUGGAAGUGGCUCCGAAGUCGAUCCCACAUAUUUCAAGAGGCUAGUCGGGAGUCUACGAUAUUUGACUUCUACUCGGCCAGAUCUUGUUUAUAGUGUUGGGAUGGUAAGCAGAUGUAUGGAGACUCAUAGACAAUCACACUUGCAGGCGGUAAAAAGAAUUCUACGGUACAUUAAAGGUAACGUGGAUGAUGGUGUAUUCUACACUGUUUCUAAUGAUUUUCAGCUUAUGAGAUAUACAGACAGUGAUUGGGGAGGUGAUAUUAGAGAAAGGAAGAGUACUUCUGGUUAUGUUUUCUCUUUAGGAAAUGGAAUUUUUUCUUGGUUCUCAAAGAAGCAACAGGUGGUUGCUUUGUCCAGUGCGGAAGCGAAAUACAUAGCAGAGGCUUAUUGUGCUACUCAAGCAAUUUGGCUACAUUUGAUGUUUGCUGAAUUACGUCAUAAGCAGAAGCAUCCGACCAUGAUUAAUUGUGAUAAUAAGUCAGCAAUUGCCCUUGCAAAGAAUCUAGUCUUUCAUGGAAGAAGCAAGCACAUUGAUAUAAAGUAUCAUUUCAUUCGAGAUCUAGUGAAGUCCGAGGAGAUUGUGUUACAGUUUUGCAAGUCGGAAGACCAAGUGGCUGACAUGUUUACUAAGCCGUUGAAGACGGACUCCUUCCUUAAACUCAAGAGAAAGCAUGGUCAAGAUGAGCUCGGUUUAAGGGAGGCUGUUGGAAAUAAAAAAGAUUUUUCGUAA